CGCAACAACAACAACAAUCUGUGGUUGAAAACCCUGCCGCAGACGGUCACGGGGAGGAGGACAUGGCCUCUUCAUGGCAGCAGCAGCAGAAGGAGCUCCACCAGCAGCAGCGGGAGCUGGAGCAGCAACAACAGAGGCGCCUUCAGGAGCAGCUAGCCGCUGCUCGCAGUGCCUCGGCCGUCCCGCCGACGCCACCACAGCAGCGUCCGGCGUCUUCGACGCCGUCGCCUCGCCAGCCGCCGUCUCCGGCCGGUGUGCGCGUCCUCGAGGUCAAGGCCGAUGUCUGGAAGCCACCUGGCCCCGGUACCUGGACCCCGCCCCAGCAGCAGCAGCAGCCAUCGCCCCAGUUCCACAAGCAUGUCCAGUUCCAGACGCCUCCCUACACGGGACAAGACGGUCCUCCGACGAUGCACAGACCCCAGCCGUCGCCUUCUCCUAAGCCAUACAGACCGCCUCCAGGCGCCGCGGCUGGUGCUAGUCAAGUCCACUAUGACCAACCGUGGACCUCGACUCCGCAGGCUUCACCACGGCCUCAGCCCUCGCCGCGACUUGGUGUGCAGCAGCAGCAGCAGCACCCGGUGCAGCUAACGAUCUUGACGACUCCGAACGUAACGACAUCGACCGGCGGUGGUGCGCCGAGUCCUCGCCGCGUGCCGCUGGACGUGGUGCCUCAACCAUCGGGCCAGCGGGUGUGGGCCGAGGAGCCCAUUUGCGAGUACGUGGAACCCGGAGGCCCCAGCCUGGCCCAGCAGAUCGCCCAGCAGUCGCAGGAUUACGUGGACGAGAAGGAGCUCGAGUACCGUCUCGCCAUCCAGCAGCUGCAGAAUGAACAAGAGCGGGUGCAGAAGAAAGUGUUUAUGAACUGGAUAAACAAUUUCCUCUCACAGAGGACGCCACCCUUACGAGUAGACGACGUCAUCGAAGACUUACGAGAUGGCACGAAGCUUUUAGCCCUACUAGAAUGCCUUUCCGGACAAGUGUUGCCGAGGGAACGCGCUCGCAUUCUGCGGAGGCCUCAUUUCCUCAGCAACGUCAACACUGUCCUGCGGUUUUUGGAGCACAGACGGAUCAAGCUUGUCAACAUAAAUGCCACAGAUGUGGUGGAUGGAAAGCCUACCAUUGUUCUUGGUCUCAUAUGGACCAUUAUCUUACAUUUCCAGAUUGAGGAGCACACCCGUCUCCUUGCUGGCUCUCAAGCCUCACUAGACGACAGCUCCCUGGAGUCGUCCACGAUCCAGGAGCAACAUGCCGCUCAACCCGUUUCUCCAAGGAGGCCAACCGCCGCGGAACGAUGGAAGGGCGGUGCCCGCAAAGCACUGCUACACUGGGUCAAGAACAGCAUCAGCCAGCGGUUUGGCGUCCAAGUUAACGACUUUGGACCGAGCUGGCGGGACGGCCUGGCCUUCAUGGCCAUCGUGCACAGCAUCAAGCCAUCGCUGGUGGACCUGGACUCUGCGAAAAAGAUGGAGACUCGGAACCGCCUGGAGAGGGCAUUCUCACUCGCCGACCGGGAGCUGGGCAUCCCGCGAUUACUCGACCCCGAAGACGUGGACGUUCCCCAGCCGGACGAGAGGUCUGUGAUGACUUAUGUGGCCCAGUUCCUGCACAAGUACCCUGGCACAUAUGCCACGGAGCAGCCCCUCUCGCCCACCGUCUCUUCGCCGACGUCGGCCGCCCCGGCACAGGAUGACCUCUCUGUGCUCGAGUCCUUCCUCAAGCGGGCCGAGACCACCUUGCAGAUCCUCCAGAAACCACUCACCAACCUCCGAGAAGAAUACCAGAGCUAUCUGAACCUGUGCCGAGACUUGGACGGGCACCGUGAACUCUAUGCCAGGCUGGGACGUCGUGCAGCCAGGGCUGACAGCACUGUAGUGCUGAGCCAAGCGUGGCCACUCAUGGAAUCGCGCUGGCGUGCGGUCGAGUCCGGACUGGCGCAGUGGCGCAAGCGGCUAGACGCCGCCCUUCCGGGCCGGCUGGCUCAAGUCGCAGAGUGGCUGGCGCAGACCGAGGAAAGGCUUCGCAAUGACAAGCUCGCUUUGGGACAGAUGGAUGCUGCCACCGUAGCUGCCAAGCUGGCUGAACACCAGUCUAUUCUGAGCGACCUGGACGAAGUGAAGAAGUGGCUGGCCGAUCAGAAAUCGUCACCCACUGUCGUCGCCACCGCGGCCCCGGAACACUUGGCCGACAUCGAGCAGCGACUCGAAGCCUUGUCCUCGCUUGUCUGCAAGCGCCAGCUGCUGCUGGAGAUGGAGCGGCGCAAGCUCGCACUGAUGGCGCUCGUGCGGUCCGUCGAGCAGCACGUCGCCCAACUGGAACAGAAGCACGGAUCACGCCCUCAGGUUGAAGAGCUGCUGAGGAGGCACAGAGACCUCUUGGAGAGGGACCAGGUGUUCCAGCAGUUCGACCGCCUCUUCAGAGAGCUCCAGGAGGCCCUGGACAUGUGCCAGAGGGGAUCAGCCCUCGGAUUUCAAGAGGUCGACGACCAGGCCAGGUUCCUGGGUGACGUCCAUGACCACUGGACCAAGCUGUCGGCUCGACUACGCACCUCCGGCAACAUUCUCAGCGAGGUUGUGGCCCAGUGGCAGAAGUACGACGCUCUCUAUGGACCCAUGGUCCAGUGGCUGGAUCAAGCCGAAAUCGCGCUUCAGUCCAGCCUUGUUCAGAAACAGGAGUUCUUCCAAGACCUGCCCGCUUGGAACGAAAAGAAGAAGAGUGUCGUUGAGUCAGGAGACUACCUGAGUGCAACCUGCCGAGAUGAUAUCGCAUCGACCAUCAGAGCCCAGGUCCAGUCGAUCAAGCAGCGGUGGGACUCACUGUAUCCACAGAUGCAUCCGUUCAUGAGCAGCGGCGAGUCACUGCGUGCAUCUCAGCAGUUCCAGACAGGCCUGGACAACCUCAAGCACUGGAUGCAGCAGGCCGAGCACCUCCUCACUGCCCACGUGCCUUGUGACGUGCCUUCCCUGGAACAACACGCUGAGGAUCUGAAGAGAUUCCAGGCCACCAUGGAAGAACAGAGGUCGCAGUACAAAGCCUUGUCCAGGACGGCCCAGGUCUUGGUUCGAGACCUAAGCCGUACAGAAGUUGACAAGAUGAUGGCUGACAUGAAAAAGGAAAAAGAAAACCAGGUUCGCGUGGAAGCGCGUUGCUCUCAGCGGCUUUGCACUGUGACCCAAGUGACGUCCCUGGUGCGUGCCCUGGACGCCGACCUGGAUCGCCUAGACCGCUGGCUCGACAAGGCGGAGGAUGCCAUUGCUACUUACGCUGUGCCGAACACGCAGACUCUGGUGCAGGAGCAGCUUGAGAAGCACAGGGCAUUCUUCUCUCAACUGACUCCGAUGAGGGCGCUUCUGACGACCAAGAACAAGACGCACCGGGAGAUAAGGGAAGAAGUUGGAGCCUGCCCUGGUCUGGACACGUCCCGUGUGGAUGCCAGGAUGGCGCAGCUCAACGAUCGCUUCCAGAACUGUGCCUCAUUGGCCGAGCAGUGGGAGCGUGCCCUGCAAGAGGCAGCCAACAGGUGGGAGAACAUCAACGAUGCCGAGAAGAAAGCGCUGGACUGGCUCGGCAAAGCGGAGAUGCACGUGUCCGACAGGAGGGAUCCCGAGGCUGCCAGGGCCUUCUUCAGCAAGCCCUACGAACACAUCUUGCUGCGGGUGGUCCAGACAAGCAAAGACGUUCUCGCCACUUUGCCUCCUGAAGACCACCCGGCUAUCGAGGCCAGAGUUCAGCACAUUAAGGAGAAGUGGAAGGCCGUGCAACAGAAGCUGCCUCGGCUAAAUGAUGAUGAAAUCUUCUCGGAGCUCCGGGAAUCGUUUGACCGUAAUAUGGACACCCUGAACAAGGAGCUGGAUGAGGAACAGAAGCUCAUUGACAAGGGCGGAAACCUUCGUGUGAUUCUGACGCGUCAUGAAGGGUACUUCAACAAGUCCCGUGAGAUGGGCACCCUGCAGGACUGCCUCGAGGAGAUGCAGCAGCUGGCUCAGUCGUGCCCCAGUCACCAGGCACCACUCUCCGACUGCCAGAGCCGGUUCCGGGUGCUGCACGAACGCAUCGUCACCACCAACCGCAUCCUGCAAGUGCCCAAGGACGAGUGGCUCGAGUACUCCAAGAAGUUCAACGGUCUACUUUCCUGGAUGGACCAAGUGGACCAGCGAAUUGAGCAGCUCAUGCAGAGCGACACCGGCUCGGCCUCGGCUUAUGAGACUCAGCGCACCGAGUUCUUGGACAUCUGCGAGACGGUCGACGCUCGUCGAGGCGACCUGGACUGGCUCAACCAGCGGCUCGAGUCCCUGGUGCCGGGUAUGGAGCCCGAGGAAGCAAAGAAAGAAAAGGAACGACUGGCCGGCUUGGUGGCCCGCUACGGCGCCCUCUUGCCCGUCAUGGAGACCACUACGAUCGUUUCUGAGACCGUCUCCAAGUGCUACCUGUACAGAGAAGAGGUCACCCAGGUCACGCGCUGGCUCAGGGAAGUCAGGGAGUCCAAGGUGGUCCCCGAAGAAAUUCCUCUCGACAGUCCAGAGAAACUGGAGCAGAUGGUGCAGAAACAGAAGGAAGUGGUGGAGGAGCUGGAAAAGCGUCAGGGAAGUGUCCUGGAAAGCAUCAAGUCGGGAAAAGACCUGCAAACCGUCAAGGGUGCCCCAGAGUUUGUGUCUAGCGACGUGAAGAAGCUGGAGGAAGAGUGGUCCCAGGUGUACCACGAAGCGGUUGAGAAACUUGACCGCAUGACGAAGGACAGCCAGCGCUGGCAGGAGUUUGAGAAGCUUCGCCAGGAGAUCCUGCGGCUUCUUGCUCAGGCUGAGCAGGAGCUGGUUAACAUCGGACUCCUGGCCGACAUGGAACAGAAGAAGCUGGAACAGUGCAUCAAGGAGAAGCAGGAAGCUGCCAAGAAACUGCAGGAGUCGAUGGACAGCAUGCUUUCCCGGCUGCGAUCUUUGGCCGACGAACUGUCUGCACAACUGGGACCCCAGAGAGAGACCCUGUUGCGUGCCGAGCUGGACAAGACGGAGCGCAAGACGACCACCAUCCUGACCACUGUGCACGAGACGGUGCAUCGGCUGGAGACAGCAGCCAGCAAGGGCACCGACCUGUCCGACCGCCUGUCCCGCCUCAGCCAAUGGCUCGACACUGCUCAGGACAAGCUGACGGCAGCCACCGAGGGCCCAGUACCAGUACCCGAACAGCUAGAAGAAGUCCAGGACCUGAGCAAGGAGAUCGAGGCCAAGCGCGGGGUCCUGGAGCAGAUAGAGAAAGAGACGCAAGAGCUUCAGGGUCAGCGGCCAGAGCUGGCGCAGAUGGCCACGUCACUGCAGUCACAGCUCAAGGAGCUCGACCAAGAGGGUAAGGAGAUGAAGCAGGAGCUGAGCGACAGGCAGAUCCGCAUCGAGGUGCUCCGCGAGCGUACCGUGCACGAGCGCAAGGAGCUCGAGGACACGGAGGCCAAUCUGGACCAGGGCUUGCCCACGCCCGACUCGCUCGAACAGCUGGCCACCAAGCAGGAACAGCUCCAGAAACUUUACGAGGUCACUAAGAAGAAGAUUGACGCCCUCUACGACUUGGCCGCCGAGGCGGGAUCGGACGAGCCGGACUUGCAGCGCACCCUGGCCGAAAUCAUGGAGCGCUGGAAGCAAAUCAAGAAUCUCUUGGAGUCUUGGCUGGAGUCGCUCGAAAACACGGGCGAGAAGUGGAAGGUGAUCGUGACGAGAGUUGAAGAGGUCGUUACGUGGGUCACCGAGAAGGAGCGGCAGAUGGAGGAACCGCUGAAGGGAACCACGCCCCCUGAAAUGGAGAAGCAAAAAGAGUCACUCAGGAACUUGGCCAAUGAAGUUACUCGCAAACAGCAAACUCUGAGUGAGUUGCAGAGCAACAUUGAACAGCUUGGUCCUGGUCUGUCUCACACAGCACUGACGGCCCUGCAUGCUCAGGUGUCCGAGCUGCGCAAGCGCGCCAACGAGCUGGCGACCACGGUGCGCCAGCUGGUCAGUCAGCUGACCUCCCAGCUGUCCGAGCGGGAGGAGCUGCUGCGGCGCGUCGAACUGUGCCAUGCUGUGCUCAACCAGCUGAGGCAGGAGGCCGAGGAGGCCAGCGACGUCAACAUGGGUCAGCUGGAAGGGCAGCUACGUAAAGUGCAGACCAUGAAAGAGGAGCUAACGAGCAAGAGGGCCGAGAUCGAGACGCUCGGCAAGACUCUGUCCGAGCUCUCCGAGACCCUCGCCCCGGAGCCUUCCGAACAACUCCUCAAGAGCCUGGAGAGCCUCAAGGCAACGCUCGAGGAACUGUGCAAGCUUCUGGAGAAGCGAGAGGAACUCCUGCAGGACGUCAUCAAGUUCCAGUCCUGGCAGAAAGAUUUCAUCGAGCAGGUGCGGCUGGUGCAGCAGAACGUGGAGUCCCAGCGCGCCAAGGUGGACAACCUCGAGGAGACGACCAAGGAGUUGCGCAACCUUAACGAGCAACUGAAGAAGAAAGUUCCCGAGGCCACCAGCACCGACAAGUUGGCCACGGAGGUGCAGGUGACAUUCAGGGACAGCAGCACCAACAACGUGACAAGCCUGCGCCAACAGACCGACAAGUUGCAGGGCCACCUGGACAAGGUGGGCAAAGUGCUGCAGAAGAAGCAGGAAGAGGUCACCCAGCUGGAAAACAAGUGGGACAACUUCAACAAGAAGUUGGAGGGCACCAAGCAGUUUGUGACUGUUACAACCGAGACUCUGCACAGCCUACAGCCUAAGUCAGCCACGCCCGAAGCUCUCGCUGUGAUGGUCGAUGAAGUUGAACAAUUGCAGAAAAAGCUGAAGGAACAACAGGAUGUCCAGGACGCCACCCAACAGCUGGGUCGAUCGCUAAUCGAAGCAGAUGCGUCCUGCUUCCCUAAGGUCCAGGAACCACUGGGCUCCCUGGCUUCCGACUGGGAGAACCUGUCUUCUGAAGUGACCAGGACGUUGAAGCUCUUAGGAUCCACACAGUCUCUCUGGAAGGAAUGCCGACAGUUGGAGAACAAGCUUGAUGACACGAUGGACAAAGUGGAGAAAACGUUGGAGGAGGUUGAGGCCACUCCGGCUGAAGACGGGAAAUCUCUCACCGAGAACGCAGAGAAAGUUGGGGCUCAGCAGGAAGAAGUUCGCAGGCAGCAGCCGACCUUCGACUCGUAUCAGCAGAAGACGCAGGAGCUCAUCGAAAAGACCGAGGCCAUUGAGAGCCUCGCCCCGGCCGGCGAGGAGCUCAAGGAGUCUCUCAAGAACCGGGAAGACCGCUGGCGCAAAGGGGCCCAGAUGCUGCAGUCCAUGCUGCGGGACCUCGAGGGCCGCUACAACGUCUGGAAGCAGGCCGAGAUGACCCGCGAGGAGAUCCUUGCCUGGCUCGAGGACAUCUGCGAGUGCAUGCGCGGGGCUCUGGAUCACCUCGCUCAGGGAGAGCAGGGGCGGGCCGUGCUGGACCGCUACGAGACAGAGCUGGAGACACAGCAGCAGCUGUUUACCAACCUUCAGGAGCAGCUGGAGUCGCUAGAAAUGCCGCAGGCUUUGGACUCGGCUCGCAGCUCCAUCCAGUGCGGCUUCGAAGAAGCGCAGGACCUGGCCGACCGACUGCGCUCCAUGCUGAGCCAGGUGGAGGAGCAGGAGGCUGACGUCAAGACCGAGAUGGACAAGUUCUCCGACUGGCUGCGUCAGCAGAAGGAGGCCCUGUCACGUUGCGAUAACACCACAGGCUCUGACGAAGUGCUAUUGCAGCGUCUGGAAGAAUGUCGGAAACUGGAAGAGGCCCUCAACAAGAAUGGCGGCCUGGCCCGAAUCGAAGAGAAAAUGGCAAGGCUAGUGCGAAACCAGCCAGACCUGGAGGUGCGGCACCUUCAGAGGGAGCAGGAAAAACUGAAGGCCAGGCUCGAAGCCGCCAAGAACCAGGCUGCAAGGGCUUCAGCAGCGCUGCUGUCCAUUCUUGACCGCCACCACCAGGGCACACUGGCUGAGCUGCAGCACUGGCUGUCCACGGCCAAUGACAAACUGGCCUGGUGCAGCGGGGGUACCGAAGGGGUCACACAUGGCGACCGCUUUGGGCUCGAGGCUCGGCUGGUUACACUUCAGGAACUGGAGUCCACUCUGGAGCAGGGAGAGAAGCGGCGCGAGCAGUACUGCAACUCUGUCAACCUCCUGAGCCAGGCGUGCACGCCGGAGCGCGUGCCCUCGCUGCAGGAGGAGUGCAGCCGCAUCUGCAACGAGUGGACCACAUUCACGUCCACUCUGACCCAGACAAGGGAGGCCCUCAAGCGAAGCCUCGACCAGUGGCAGCACUUCGAGACGCUGUUCGAGAGCCUCUCGGACUGGCUGCGGGACGCCGAGGCCAGAGCCAAGAGCGAGGCGGCCAGUCAAGUCGACCUGCCCCUGCUCAAGGACCAAAUUUCUAUCCUCAAGUCUCUGCUUGAAGAAGUGCACGGCCAGAAGCCCAGCAUGCAGGAGCUGGAGUCAACCGUGACCAGCGUCACGGCCCACGUGCCAGACACCCAAGUGCCCAACCAGGUGUCUCAGUUGGCUGCCCGGCUAAUGCACUUGGAAGCCACCCUGCAGGGGGCACUUGCUCAGCUCGAGCAGUUGGAGCAGACGCAAAAGGCCUUUGAGCAGGCCAAGCAAGACCUACGUGAUUGGCUGUCUCAAAUGGAAGCCAGCCUGGAUGGCUGCAAGAACGUACCCGGCGACCAAAAGGCACUGGAGGCCCACCUGAAGAGACUCCAGCAAUUGCAGAAGCAGAAGGGAGCUGGACAGGCACUGCUCAAUGCGGUGGUGGACAAUGGCGAGUCCAUGUACCUCUCACUGAGCGUGGAGAGCAGAGACCAGGUGCGCAAGGAGACCCGAGGUUUGCGAGACGCCUGGGACUCGGCCUGGGACAUGCACACCGCCCUGGUGAAGGGACUGGAGUCCUCUCUCAUGGCUUGGAGCGGCUUCCAGGACAGCUGUGGCCGAGUUGCUUCGUGGCUCGCGGACAUGAACACUCUGAUUGGAAGUGACGUGGAACUCAAGCCAAACUUGUCUGAGAAACAGUUGCAACUCCAGAACAUCAGGGCACUGUCUCAGGAUGUCAUGUCGCAUCAAGCGGUGGUCUCCAAGCUGCAGACCAAGAGCCAGGAGCUGAAAGAGACGUCGAUGGCAGGACAGGUCGAUGGCUUGGUGUCCGACUACGAAGCACUCUGCACUCGGACAAAGGCAAACAUCGUUCAAUGCGAAAAACGCGUGAGUGAACACGAAGCCUACCAACACAGCCUGGAACGUUUCCUAGACUGGGUCAGCACGCUUAAGGCCACUGUUGAUGGCCCCGAAGAACAGGGCGACAUGGAAGCUGUCAAGGCCAAGAUGGCUGCAUAUGCGCUGGUGUUGGAGAGCGAGCCAGAGGCCUGCGCCAAGCUGGAGCACCUACGGGACGCCCUGGAGUCGCGCGUGCUUCCGGGCACCUGCCCGUCAGGACACGAGGCGCUGCAGGAGCAGUACGCAGCUGCGCGAGCCCAGUGGGAGGCCCUGCUGGACGCCUGCGAGGAGGGCCACUCGCACGCCAAGGAGACGCUGGACCGCUGGGACGAGGCCACCAAGACGCUGGACGAGCUGGAGCAGUGGCUGGCGUCACAGCGGGCCCGCUGCCAGGACAUUCCGCUGCAGGCCACCGCGGAGGCCAAGCGGCAGCAGCUGGAGACGUUAAAGAAAGUGGAACAGGAUGUUGUUGCCAAGGAAGGCGACUUCUCCGUGUUGUCCAAGAAUGCCCAAGCUGCACCAACGGACACCAUGCUGACACCUCAGCUGGACAAGCUGCGCAGCAAAUACCAUCUGCUCAGAAACACCAUCAAGGAGGCCGUGGCCAAGUGGGAGAAAUUGGCCAAGCAACACGAGGCCUUUGACAAACUUCUGGCCGAGCUCGAGGAGUGGCUCAAGCAACCCGAGAAAGAGCUCGACGAGAUCGUUGAUGCCAAGGCUGACUUGGCCUCAACGCAAGAUCAGAAGAACAAGCUUGAGAACUUGAGCGAUCGCCUGGCUCAGCGGAGCAGCAGCAUGGACGAGCUCGUGGAGUCCGGUGAACGCCUGUACUCUCACACUGCACCAGACGGCAGGGAGACCAUCCGGCAGCAGCUCAGACACGUCAAAGGUCGCUGGCAGACCCUGGUGGAGCGUUCGAGCGAAGCCUUGGCCGAGCUGGACCAGCGGCUUCAGCAGUUGUCGGGCCUGUCCCAAAGUCAGGACCAGCUGCGCCAGUGGAUUGAGGACGUCAAGACAGCCCUGGACAGCUGCAGCCAGCCCCGGGCCACGCUCCAGGAGAAGAAGGCUCAGCUGCAGACCCACAAGGUGGUUCACCAGGACAUCUUGUCUCACCAGCCAGCCAUAGACAGCAUGUGCGAGCGAGCUCAGAAUCUCUCGGCCACUGCGGCUGGCAAGGACACACUCGGAGACCACGUUCAGAGCACCAAGGCUGCUUUCCAGGAGCUCUGUACAAGGUCACAGGGUUUGACUGGCCAGCUGACCUCCGCUGUGGAAGAUCACCAGAAGCUAGUGGACAAGGUGGUGGCCUUCCAGGACUGGAUCCAGAGCUUCCAGGAUCAGCUGCAGGAGCAUAAGGACACCACGGGAGAAAAGAAGGCUAUCCAGGGACGCCUCGAGCAGCUUACGGAACUGACAGAGAAAAGCAAGGAGGGCGAGGUGCUACUGACCGAGGUCCGAGAGCAGAGCCAGGUGGUGUCGGCCCGCAGCUCCCCGCAGGGCCAGGCGAUGCUGUCACGCGAACUGCAGGGGCUGCAGGAGCUCCUGGGCAAGACGCUGACCUCGCUGCAAGAGGCACGCCGCAACCUGGAGAACACGCUUCAGCAGUGGGGGGCAUACGAAUCGCACCUGGCCUCCCUCACCCAGUGGCUGUCGGACACCGAGGCCGAGCUGCGCGCCCCCCAGAUGCCGGCGACGCUCGCCGACAAGCAGGCCCUCUCCGCACGUGGAAAGGAGCUGCGUAACAAGAUUGCCGAAAAACAGAAGAGUGUGGACAGCUUCAUUGACGAGGCCCACUGCCUUCUUCAGCUGUCUGGAGUGGAGCUUGUGCGUGCACAAAUGUCGCAGUGCAACGCCCGAUACCAGUCCUUGGUGGCGACGAUAAAGGACUUGGCUGCUCGCUGGGAAGGCAUGGAAAAAGACCAGCGAGAGUACGAGAAGGCAGUGGCCAGCUGCAACGCGUGGCUCGAUGAGGCGCAGCAGACGCUGAGCCAGAUUCAGGCAGACAAGGCAGCACCCGAAGAGAAGCUGACUCGCCUCGAGACGCUGAUUGUGGGCAAGGUUCAUGGCCAGCAGCAGCUGAACUUGGCGUCUCGCCUCGGAGAGCAGCUGUACCAGGACACCGCUGCGACAGGAAGAGAUCAGGUGCGACUCGAGCUGCGUGAACUGCACGAGCGAUGGGAGUCCUUGGAGUCCAAGAUGGCGGAUCUUCAGAAGCAGCUGCAAUUGCAGAGCCACGCUCGCAGCAGCUUUGUUGAUUCACUGAGCCAGGUCCAGACGUGGCUUGACAAUGCUGAGAGAACUGUUGCCGAAGCACGAGACAAGCUACCAUCACUCCAGGAAGCACAGGGACGCCUACACUCACUCAAGCUGCUGCAGCAGGAGGCAGUGCUGCAGCGAAGGCAGUUAGAUUCCUUGGAAGAGACGUCACGGGGCGAUGCGUCAUCAAAGGAGAGCCUCGAGACAACGUCAACACGCCUUGGCAUAGUCACUGAAGAGCUGAAGACGUUGCUGGCUGGCCUCGAGAAGCUGUCGGCACUGGCGCAGGAGCAGCGCGAGCGCAAGGAGCAGCUCGCCGCCUGGCUGGAACAGAUGCACGAACGACUUGACCUGUGCCGAGACAUCACCGGAAGCCGGCCUGUCCUCAAGACCCGCCUCGACAAGCUUCAGGAACUUGAGAAGCAGCAGCCCGAAGGGACGUGCAAGGCCCAGGCGCUGGCCGAGUGCACGGCGACGCUCGUGACGCUGCUGACGCCACGCGAGCGGGCCGCCCUGGAGCAGGAGAGUGGCACGCUGGAGGGCAGCGUGGCCCGGCUGGGUGCUGAGGUGGAGCAGGCGCGCCAUGCUCUGUCGGCGCAGCUCCGCCUGUGGGACGCCUACGAAGAGCACUACGAACGACUGCUAGGGUGGCUGCAGGGCGCCGAGCAGACAGUGCAGCAGUUUGCCCUGCAGGCCACCCUCGACGAGAAGAGGCAGCAGCUGGACAAGUUCCAGAGCCUGCUGAGCGAACUACACGCCACAGAACGAGACUUCGACUCCCUCUCGGACAAGGCUCAGGAGCUGAUGGUGUCCAGCGGAGAGAUGCGACUUUCCAUGGCUGUGAGCCAGCUCACGGCCCGAUUCCAGUCUCUCUUGGAGACCUGCAAGGAAUUGGUGAAAAAGUGUGAGCAGCACGUCCAGGAUCACUCCCAGCUCGAGAAGAAGCAUGCUGAGUGUGCCAAGACCCUCGCCCAGGCGCAGGAAACAUUUGUUGAAAUCCAGGCUCUCCCAAGUGGCAACAAGGAGAGGCUCUCCCACAAGUUGGCGAGAGUGAAGGAGCUGCUCCAGGGCAAGAGCGAGGCCCUGAACCUGGUGAACGCAACGGUGCAGCUUGCUGAGCAGGUUCAGGUGGGCAGCUCCCCCGAGGGCUGGAAGGCCAUCCAGGGGCUCCUGCAGCAGCUGCAGUCGGCCUACGAGGCCGUAUUCGACAAGGCCCAGAACCUGGAGCGGGUGCUCCAGUCGUCCCAGUUCCUUUGGUCCGAAUACCAUGAGGCCCUGCAGAGGCUGCAGACCUGGCUGAAGGGCCUUGCCGCCAAGGCCGAGGGAGCCUCGCGACUCUGUACUACCCUAGACGAAAAGAAGGCGCACCUCCGUACCUGCAGAGGACUUCUUGCAGAACUUAACGAACGGGAGCAAGCCAUUGAAGACAUCCAGAUCAAGGCUGAAGCCAUUGCCGACCGUGACAACGAGUCCCAGGAGAUGUUAGAGGGUGUUGUCAAAGGCCACAAGGAGCAGACACAGAAGCUUCAGGAGGCGGUGAAGUUCUUGGAGGACGCAGUCACGCAGCACGAACAACUGAGCAAGCACUUGGGCAAUGUCCGAGACUGGCUGAGCAGCACGCAGGAACAAGCCGCGGCGCUUUCGAACCUCGGCCUCGACCAGCUGGCUUUGUACAGCAAUUUGGAAAGGCUCAAGGCGAUCGAGGCCAGCUUCAGCACGCAAGACGAGGAGAUGAAACGGGCAGAGAAGCAGUUGCCAGUUGUGCUUCAGAGCACCCUGCCUGCAGGCCACAAUGUAGUGGUGGCAGAACUGGAUGCGUUGAAGCAGCAAUGGCAGGUGGUGAGUGACAUGGUGACUCGGGCACGCGAGUCCUUGGAACAGCUGCUUAGUCGUUGGGAGGAACACCACGUCCAGGUGGAGAAGCUUCAACAGUGGAUGUCGGAGAAAGAUGCUGAGCUGCAGGGGCUGCUGCUCUGCGACACGCUCGAGGCCAAGAGAAGCCGCCUGGAAAAGCUGCAGGAGACGUUGCGGGAGUUGCGAGCGAAGGAACUUGAGGUGGACUCCCUGACUGAGAGAGCCCAGCAGCUUCACGGAGGCCACAGCACGCGUCGCAGCAGCCGCCUGGCUGACCUGGCUCUGCGGUACCAGCAGCUUCUGGUAGCCCUGACGGAGGCAGUGACAAAGUGGACCCAGUACGUCAGUAACCACCAGACCCUGGACAAGCAAGUGGCUGACGCCCAGCAACAGAUCAAGCAGGCCAACGAGAAGCUCGACCAGUGCGAACUGGCCGAUGGCUCCCUGAGUCAGCUGGAAAGCAAGUUGGCCAUCAUUCAGGAGGUGUCCCACAGCAAGGACGCGCUAGUGUCACUGGUGCAAGCCGCCACCGAGCAGUGCCAGACGGUGCUGGGUGAGACGGCACCCGUGGGUCACGGGCCCCUGAGCCGGACCCUGCAGAGCCUCACCGAGGCCAAGCUGGCCCUGCUGCAGCGACUGUCCGCUCUGAGAGCCACCCUGGACCACGCCCGACAACUGUGGGGAGGCCUGAGCACGCUCACCAAGCAGGUGCUGUCUGCCGUUGAGGGCAUAGAAGCCUCCUUGGAAGAUGCGGGCAAGCUUCAAGAGACCCUGGCCGAAAAGAAAGCGCAUGCUGAACGAUCAAAGGUCUUGGAGCAGCGCCUUCUUCAAGAGCAAGCACAGGUUGACAACUUGAAAUCCCGGGCCACCGAGCUGGCCAAGAGUCACCCGGGCAACGAGCAUUCGGAGCCUGCCUUCGAAGCCGUCGAGCGGUUCAAGGACGCCUGCAAGCGUGCAGAGAAACUUGUCGAGACCACCGAGAAGGCGUACAGGGGUCACCUCGACUUCAAGAAUGCCUGUGACGACUUGGUGUCCUGGCUGCGUCAGCUGAGAGAAAAGGUCCCUCCGUUCACCCGCUCGCUGAGCGACCGACUGAGCCUCGAGUCAAGCAUUUCAGUCCUGGAGGACCUCCUUGCGAAGCGUGCGGAAGGAAACUUGAAGCUUGACGCAGUAGUUGCCGCUGCUGAGACAACAAAGGCUUCCACAUCAGAGCCUGGAAUCGCUCUCUUGGACAACCAAGUCUCUGCACUCAAAGGCGACCUCACGAGCCUCUUCGAUGAGAUUUCAACCACAAAGGAAAAGCUGGGCACCACAUGCGCUCAGCUGCGAGAGUUCCGCGAAGAGUACGAGCACAUGAGCGAGUGGCUGCAGUUGAUGGAAGACGACAUCAAGAACCAGCGGACGCUGCUGUGGCCUACACUGGAAGAGAAGAAAAAGGCCUUUGAAACGGCACAGGGUCUGGUGGAAGAGCUUGAGAAAGGUCACGAGACCCUGGACAGGGUGACCUUACUCGCUCAAGGCCUGCUGACCUCGCAUCUGGACACCUACAUCCGCAACCAACUCACACUGGUCAGCUCGCGAUACCAAGUCACUCUCAACUUGGCCAAGGACCUCCUCGGCAGGGCACGCGACGUUUACAACCAGCACGAGCAGUACCGAACGGCCGUGACAGCCGCGCGGGAGUGGAUGGACACCAUGGCCACUUCCUUGGCUGAGUGUUCCAGCCCAACCACCGGAAAGAGCGAGGUGGAGGCGCAGCUUGCCAAAGUGCAGGGUAUGGUAAGGAAACAAGACGAAGGCCAUGCCUUGGUGCACGCCGCCCUCACGGCUGGUGAGAAGACGCUUCGAGGCACGCACACAUCUGGCAAGACCCCACUCAAUCAGGAGAUGCAGGAGCUCCAGAAGCAAUGGGACCGCCUCAUUCUCAAACUUUCCGACGCCAAGGUCUCCCUAGAGACGGCCCUCCUCCAAUGGACCGACUACAGUUCGUCGGAGCAGCGCCUCCUGCAGUGGAUCGCGGACCACGACAACCAGCUGGAGGAAGUCAAGAAGAAACGCCAGAGCACCUCAGUCAAGGAGUCCGUCACACAACGCAAGGCCAGGUUGAGGAGGGCAAACAGCCUGGUAAAGGACGUCGAGUCAUUCGAGCCCAUGGUCGAGUCUCUUGCCAUCAAGGCACAGGAACUCCAGCAGACUUCGGCAGCCCCCAAGCCCGAGAUCUCCGGAAAGUACAGCAACCUUGCUGGCUCUGUCAAGGAAUUUCUGCGGCAGCAGAAGUCUGUCAUGGGCCAUCUGCAAGAGUUCAUGGACGCUUGCGCUAAUCUCACCUCCUGGCUGGAACAGGCACAGGAAAAGCUGAACAAGUGCGCCGAGCCGUCGGGUGACCGCAACGAGCUGAGAAGCAAGCAUGGCACACUGAAGGUGCUGGAGGCCGAACAGGAGGAAGGACAGAAGCGGCUCCAGCUGAUGCUUGCCCUGGCAGAGACGGCACGUGGCUUCAUGGAGGAUGAAGUGGAACAGCAGCACGUCGAUCAAGAGGCCGGACAGCUGGUCAAGGCUGUGGCAGAAUUCGAAGAACGCAUGGCACAGGUCAAAUCUGCACUGGACGUGGGCCUGGUCAAGUGGGACGAGUACGAGGAGCAGUUCCGCCGUUGCCAGGACUGGCUGAACCAGCACGAGCCGCAGGUUCGCUCGUUCCAGCAACUGCAGCCUGACCUCGAGUCCAAGCGGGUCAAGCUCGAAGAGUUCCAGGUCCUGCUGCAGACCGUGUUCGAGUGGCAGUCCGAGUUUGACACGCUCAACUUGAAGGCGCAGCUGCUCUUGGAGACCUACUCGGACUCGAGCAUAUGCAACCAGUUCACGCAGCUGUCUGCACGCUACACAAGCCUGCUGUCGCUGGCAAAGGAGGUGCUGCACGCGCUCGAGCAACACUACCAGGAGCACCAGCAGCAACAGUGCAUGUACAGCGAGCUGUCCGAGCUGCUCGACAGCACCCAGGAACGACUGCGCGAGCUGCAGAAGCCCUCGGCGACCCUGGACGACGCAGAGUCGCGCCUCAGGAGCCUCGACCUGCUCUGGGCGACGUUGCAGCAGGGUCGGAACAAGGUGUCUUACAUGAUGGAGCUUACGGACAAAGUCAUUGAAACAACGUCCGCCGAAGGCAUCAAGACGAUCCGUGAGAGUGCCGACAACACAUCUGUCGAGUUUGAGCGGCUGCUGCAGGAGGUCUCUGCGGCACGCUCUGCGCUCUCUGAGCAGCUGUCGGCCCUGGGAGAGCUCGCCCAGGAGCUUCAGCAGUUUGAGGCAUGGCUUGCCGAAGCUCGCACACAGCUCGCUGAGGCGAAGUCCGGCGCGGAACAAGCCUCUGGUGCAGUGGAGAAGAAGACGCGUCUCGACAAGAUCAAGUCCAUUGCAGCCGACGCUGCCUCCAAGUCUGGCACAGCGGCCAGCCUGGAGAAACGGCUCAAGGAGACAAAGCAGCUGGACACACCGGAACGGAAGAAGAUGAUCGCGGACUUCUCCGAACUUCAGAAGGAGGCCGAAGAGCUGGCCGCACGCCUGGAGAAGGAAGUGGAAGCGCUGGAGAGGCAGCGGUCCGUCCACGCCCAGGCCGUCCAGUGGCUGAAGGAGGCCAAGCUGAAGCUGCAAAAGUGCUCGGAUGCAACAGGCAGCCAGGCCGUCGUCCGCGAGAAGGCAACCCAGCUUUCGAAACUCCGCGAAAGCCUGCCAACCGGAGUUGCCCUCGUCAAGGACGUUGCUCAGUGCACGGAGGAGGUAUCCCCGUGCCUGAAUCAGUCGGGCCGAGAGAGGCUCCAGGAGAACCUGCAAGAGCUGCGCCAGGACUUAGAGCAGCUCGAGCAUGGUGUCGAGGAUGCCCAGGAUGCCCUCGACGAGUGCCUGCAGUGCUGGGAGCGCUUCGGAGAGCUCUACGGCACGAUGUCUCAGUGGCUGUCGCAGUUCGAAGGAAACGCCAGGCCCGCCCUGGCAUCUACCGCUGUUGAUGCCGACCACCUGAAGCAGCUGAAGGCCCUUCUGGAAGAAGCCUCUUUCCACAAGCCCGACAUGGAGGAGAUGAACGAGGAGUGCGAACGCCUUCUCCUUCUCAGUGCUCAGACACCAGUUCGAGACCAGGCUGUCAAGUUGUCCACGCUCUACACGUCUCUUGUGGCGUCUCUUCAGGAGAAUGUGACCAAGCUGCAGAGAACUCUCGGAAGCCAGGAGGAGUUCGACAAGGCCAAACAAAAGUUCAUCCAGUGGCUUGAAGCUGCACAGAAAAAGCUCAAUGCUGCCAAAGAACCUGGCAAGGACUUGGCCACUGUGCAAAAGCACCUCGCAGAACUCAAGGAACUUCAUCAGAGUCUUUCCGAGGGAAAGCACCUGUUUGAUGUGGUCACCGAGGCAGCUAGUAAGACACAAGGCGGCCUCUCUGAUGUCAGCCAGGCCCCUAUUCGCUCUCAGGUGGAUAGUCUGCGUGAACAACUAGCCACACUCGAGCAACUGACGAGCGAAGCGACCGGCCGGAUGGCGUCCCUCCAGUCCCGCUGGCAAGAGCUCAUGCAGGGAGCCGACGCGCUGAAGGUUUCGCUUGACGAAGUGGAAGAGUCGCUGAAGGAGCGACCCGUGUCGGGCGGAGACCUUGUCCAAAUCCGCUGCCUUGUCGAGCAGUACAAGCACACUGGCCGAAACCUGGAAGACCACAAGCAGAAGCUGAAGGAGCUUCGACUAGAAGCGUCCGAAUUGGCUGAAAAGACGGAUGGCGGGGAAGUGCUUCCUGUCCUACGAGAGAUGGCAGACCAACUGGACUCGCUACAAAAGAAGUGUCAGGCUACACUGGACUCGCUGGAAUCAGAGCUGCACGACGCCCAGAGCUACCACAAGGCACUGCAGGAAGCCGAGAAGUGGCUUCUGCAAAUGUCCUUCCCAGUAAUGGCCCAGCAUUCACUUCAAGUGCUCAACAAGCAGCAGACACAGGAACAACUAGACAAGUACAAGGGCAUUCUGGCUGAGGUCAAGCAGUACCAGUCCACCCUUGACGACGUCAAAGCCAAGGGUCGGGGACUGGUCAACCGGUACAAGAAGGAUGCACCCCAGCUCGAGCAGCAGGUGCAGUCUCAGCUCGACAACAUCCAGGAGAGCUACGAUGCGCUGCUCACUGGCGCUAACCAAGUCCUGGCACGUCUCGAGAGUGCUUUGCAGAAGUUCAUCAGCUACGAGACGAUGCUCGAGGUCUGUGACAAGCUGCUAGAGGAACUGGAGCCCAAGAUUUCCGCGCUCUCCGAGGACACUCCCAAAACAGCCGAGGCCUCUAAGAUCAAACUGGAAACUUGCAAGGGCAUGCUUACUCAACUGACCGAAGCAAGGACUCAGUUCCAAGAGGCCAUUCAGGGCUGCAUUGAGGCGGUGUCUUCAGUAAGCAGGCCAUCUAGCCCAGAGGUGGCUACGGUCUUCAGUGUUCCCGAACAGGAAGAUAGCAUCAAAAUACGCCUUCAGGACAACAUUGAACAGUUGGAGGCCAUCGCCGCCCAACUGGAGGUUCAGCUCAGAGGCUUCGAGGAGGCCGGACGCAAGAGGGCCGCUAUCGAGGACUGGAUCACUGAGAAGCAGUCCACCGUCACCCAGAUGGGAAGCGCAAAGUUUCCUCCACAGACCCUGGCCCUGCAGGCCCAACUUAGGCAGCUUGAGGACAUCAAGCACGAGGUUUCUGAGAAGUUGACAGCCGUGGAUGCCCUGGAGCUGAAGUCGGGAACGCCAGGAGCUAGUGAGGCGGCCCUGCGAGACCGUCUCCACCAACUGGAAGCGCAGGUCUCCCAAGUUGCGGGCACCAGAGCUACCCAGCUGGAGACUCUGGAAGAGUACAACACCCUGGCCGGACAGGUGGACGUGAGACUGAACGCUGUUGAGUCGUCGCUGGACAGCACGCAGCGCCCGACAGUGGGCGACGCCAAGCAACGUUUGCAGACACUCAACGUCUUGCUGGACGAGGUGAACAGCAUCGGCGGUGAUGUGGCCGACCUCCGAGGCAAGAUUGCCGUCCUCACCAAGUGCCUCGAGCCAGACGACAAGGCCAAGUGCGACGACCAGCUCAAGUGCCUCGAAGGGAAGUGCGACGAGUUGCGCAAGCGGAUCUUGCGCAGAACCAAGAGCCUAGACUUGAUCCAGAGUGGACUGGAUGCUCUGUACUCCGAAGCGGCCACCACAGAGAAGUGGCUCCUGGAGAAACAAGCGUCCCUGGAGCAGUUGCCAAACCCUGGCUACCAGAGUGCCAGCGUCGAGGCAGCACUGCAGGGAAUCAAGGCCGAACAGCGGCAGGUGGAGAACAAGCGAGCCGUUGUUCAGGACUUCGAGAAGCGUAUUGAGUCAUUUUCACACGAGCUGGACAGCUUGGAUGCUCAGCAGCUUGAGCAGAUGAUGCAGGACCUGAAGACGCGCUUUGCCGACCUGCUGAACCUUCUGGCGUCGCACACUGGCAGCCUGACUGAGCUGCUCAACAAAACGUGUCGCCUCGACGACGAGCUCGAGAUCGUGCGGCAGUGGCUUCGUGAAAAAGAACAGGACCUGCGAAGGGUUGGGGCUCCCGCGCAGGAUGCCGAUGAUGCCAGGAACCUUCUCAGCUCGGUUCAGGCUAUGCAAAAAGAAGUGAAGAACUUUGAAGAGACCAGGUUGGCUGGACUCGUGAAACUCGCAAAGGACCUCGAGCCAGGAUGUGAGCCCGAGGACUGCGCAGCCUUGCAGAAGCUUGUCCAGGAACCGGUGGACAAGGUGAAGGAGCUCCAGCAGAGCCUGGCUGACCGCCUGAAGCAGCUGAAGGAGCUGGUGCAGCUGUACGAUGAGUAUCAGAAGGCCCUGUCGGCCGUCAAGUCGGUGCUGAGUGAGACAGAGGCCUCGCUGGCGGCCGACCUGCUCCUCACCACGAGCGAGGAUGUGAUCCGAGAGCAGCUCGACACGCACCGUCGCCUGCAGGAAAGCGGUGCCCGUCUCUCUGCCGACCUGACCAAGAUGCAGAAGCUGGCUUCCAAGCUUGGUCCUGCUGCUGGCGCCAACCGAGAGAUACGCGUCCUGACAGAGACCAAGGACAGACUGGACAAACUGCUUUCUGACCGCAUCACUUCCUUGGAGGAUGCCCUUGCUGAGCUCCAACAGCAGCGGGCCACACUGAGCCAGUGCAGCGAGGAGCUGGAUGGCCUGUGCCGACGUCUCGAGGCACUCGGUGGUCCUUUGGGUCCGGCUGUCCAAGACGCAGAGGUCCUGCUCUCUGCACUACAGAAGGUGCAGACUGAGCUGAAGGACCUGCAAAGCCGCCUGGAGCGCAUGCAGGGAUCCGGCCCCCUGUCUGAAGCCGUCGGGCGGCUGCUGGAGCGCUGCGAAGUCACCUUGCAAAAGACCCAGGGCCAACUGGGCCGCGCCAAGCAGGCUCUGUCGCUGCGGCAGCAGUACCACCAGCUGCGCGAACAAGUGGCGCAAGCCAUUGCCCGGCUCACCGACACCGUGGCUGUCCUCGAGAAGGCCAAGAAGCCCGCCGCCGAGAAGCUGCCCCAGUACGACAACCUGCUGGCCCAAGUUGCUGACACCGAAGGUCAGCUGACCUCGGCCCAGGACAAGGGAGAGGCGCUGGCUGAGGAAGGGUCCUCUGCCGACCACAAUGCCAUCCUGGGCGACUUGGGCAACUUGAAGGGCCAACUGGCCUCCUUGCGCAAGUCAAUCCAGAACCUGAAAACGCAGGAACAGGGACUGCUGGCAGAACAGGAACGCCAGCUGCAGGCCCUGGAGAAGACCCUGCAGGAUCUGCGCGUAGAUGAAGCGCAGGCUCGUGGCCGGCCCGCGUUGACCAUGCAGCCCGAGAGCAUAGACGCCGAGCUGGAAAGUCACAAGGAACUGCAGCGCCAGUCAGAGGAGCAUCUGGAAGAGGCACGCAAGCUGGAAGAGCAGCUGUUCAAGGAACUGCCCAGCGAGCUGCUGGCCAGUCGAGCCCAGGAGGAGCUUAGUGAGCUGGCCCUGCUGCGAUCCACGCUGCCCCAGCAGUUGCAGGAGCGUGGGCACUACCUGGGCUGCGCCCAGGCCCUGCGCCGAGACUACUGGGCACAGCGGGACGCCCUGGUGGAUUGGCUCGACCGCUCCGAGCGCAUCGUGGCCGCCGCUAGAGACGGAGUUGACCUAGACGGCCUUGAUGCCCGCUGCAAAGAGCUCAGGGAUGUCUGCUCCGAAACAGCUGGCUACAGCGAGUGCCUCCGCAGUCUGCAAGCACUACUAACUCAGAUACGUCCGACCAUGGACCCUGAAGCAUCUCAGCUGCCUGAACAGGAACUUGCUACCCUGCAGCAGCGGCUGACCGCACUUAGUGCCAAUGCUCGGGCCGCUCUCGACACGGCUCAGAACGACCUGGCCUCUUGGGCCAGCUUCGGCAAGCUCCGCGAGCAGCUCGAAGCGCUCCUAGCCACUCUUGAGCCCUCAGAAGACAAGCCCGCAUCCAUACGUGCCUUGAGGAAGGCGUUGCAGUCGUUGGGACGCCUUCAGGAGGAGGCACAGCGCAGUCAGCCGUUGCUGGCACAGCUCUCGGAGGCAGCCCGGGUCCUGGAGCGAAAGUCCGGACCCGCCACGAGGGACCUGCCCGGCAAUCAGGCCAAGACACUGAGCAAGCGAUGGCAGGAGGCCAUGGAUGACAUUCAGGCUCGGAAGGAGAGGAUGGCCAAAGCCCUGGCUGACUGGGAGGCAUACUCACAGGCUCUAGCUCGUGCAAGGACGACCCUCGAAGCCAGGGAACAUGACUUGGCAGCCAUUCAGCCGCUCCUGCUCGACGUGACCGCUGCUGAAAAUGCACUAGAGAGUCUGCUGUCUCAGGUGACCGGAGAGCCCCUGGGCGUCCAGGUGGAAGAAGCCGGCCGUAAGGCGGAGCCCGUGCUGUCCUACCUCGACUGGGCUUCGCAACCGGCCGCCACCGGACUCGGGAACGAACUCCAGGCGUUGCGCGACCGCCACUCACAGCUGCAGAAGUCCAUUGAGCAGCAUCUGCAGGGUGUCCGUGAGGAGAGGGCAGCUCAGGCUGCCUUCGAGGAGAAGGUCGCUUCCCUUCGGGAAGGCCUGCUCGAGAUGGAGAGGGACAUCGGAGCAGCCCCCACCUGCGGGGAUGAUGAGGAUCAGGUCCAGAAGAAUCUCCAGAUGCUCCGCGAGCGUCUCAGCUUCCUGGACCGGGAGGUGCGAGCCACAUCCCGCUCGGCACACGAGCGUUACAGCGAGCGCCGGCAGGGUGUGCCAGAGGUCGUGGAGCAGGCUCUGGCCUCCGUCGAGCUCCUCUCGGAGAACGUGAUGGCCGCCCUCGAAGGCAAGGAGCGCGAGUUCAAGAAGGCUCGCACCGCCCGGGCCGACUACUGUGAAGGCUCCAAAGCACUGGCCGCGUGGCUGCAAAAGGCUCAGGGGAUCCUGCAACGAAAGGGAGAUUCUCCGGAAGUUACCAAGGAGAACCUUGUGGCCCUCAACGCCGAAGUGCCCGGAGUGCGCCGGGACGCAGAGCGUCGUGUCGUACAGAGUGGCAAUCUUGUUGUCGAGUGCCUGGGCGACACCGAACAGGCCAGGUCGGUGCGCGCCACCAUCGCAUCUCUUACUGACCAACUUCAACAGGUGGAGUCGUGGAUCCGGGAGCGCCUCAGCGAGGUAGAAGAUGCCCUGGAGGCAUGGGCCCGCUUCCUGCAACUCCACGAAGCACACAAGACGUGGCUGGACACAAAGGAGCUGGCAGUGGCCAAGCGUCAGCCACUUAACACACUGGCCGUGGCAAGGCAGUGCCUGUCCCAAUGCCAGGAGGUCAACCGGGACAUGGCAAGCGGCCAGGGCCAGCUGGCGGAAAUGAGCGGCCUGGUGCAGCGCAUCGGGCGCUCCUGCCACGUGGGGCCGCUGCUGGAGAAGCUGGACGCGGCCGAGGAACGACAGCGCAACCUCGAGGGCCGCCUCGUCCAGGAGCUGGCCCUGCUGCAGGAGCUGGUGGAAGAGUGGGAGCAGUGCGAGCGCAAGGCCCGUGACUGUCAGACAUGGUUGGAGCGAGCGCGCUCAUCUCUCGAGGCGCCUCAGCUCCGGCGAAAGAGCCUGCGUGACCAACUAGCCUUGCGUGAGAAAAUGCUGGCGGACCUGUCCAGCCAGCAGACCAAGAUGGCCAUGUCGCUGGAGAAACUGCGGGUCCACCUCCGUGGCUGGUCGUCGUACGCACCCGAAGAGAACGCCAUGGUGGCCACGGUGCUGGAACUGUCGCGGCAACUGCAGGGGCUGCAGGAGAAGCUGGACAGCCGCUGCCAGGAGCUGUCUGCCUGCCUCGCACAGGACGAGCAAUAUAGUCAGGAUCUCCUUCACGUGAGACAGCUGCUGUCUCAAUCGGAACACCGACUGAAGCUGGCUCUCGGCGCGAUCGGUAAUACGCCUGCGGAACGCACUCUGAACCUCAAGCUCCAGGAGGGAGCGGACGUAUCAAGCCAAACAAUCCCGAAGCUUUCCGGCCAAGCUCCGGGUUCGUUUAUGGACGUCCCCACAAGCCAGGAGUACAUCUACCAGUCUAGACCGCGGACCAUUGUGACGCGAGAGCAGCGGCCAGAUGGAACCUCUCAGGUGACUCACACCACUACCAGGCUAGUCUCGACAGUCAGCACGGGCAGUCAGUUGCGCCCAGAAUUUGACGGAGGCAACCAGUCAUGGCAGCUUUCAGAAUCAUUUAGAUCUCUCACGAGUCCUGAUGGCAUUCAAGCGUACACAGCAAACCUGGAGCCUCAGAGGGGAGCAGGACAGACGACCGUGGUUCACACCAUCGGUGGUGUCUGGAGUUCCGAACACGACAGCCCCCAGUGGGAGUCCCGGCAGUCCCAGCCCACAGAAGGACACACGCGUUUCGGCACCAGCUGGGUGGUGACGCGUCACGACCGCAGCCCUUCCCCCAUGCCUUUCCUUGCAGCUGCGCACCCAGCGAACGACACAAGCGACACACAACCCCAGCCCCAGGUGGUCACAACAAGUACUAGAGAGCCCACACUGAGCAACUUGCAGGGAGAGCCUAGAAUAGUUAGCGACACAUCCGUUGACGACGAACUUAGGGCGCUGUCAUCACUUGCCGGCAGGCAAGAGUUGGCACCUGGUGAGGUCAAGUUGGUGGAGAGCGACUUUAAAAGGGAAGUGGAACCACUUAACCUGGUUUCCUCGAGGGUCGUGCAAGACACGGAGGAGAGGAAGACCAUCGAGCUCAAGUUCCAGGAAAAAGUUCAGCUUGUUCAUUACUCGUUCCAACUUCCGUCCUUCGCGGAAUUUGUGGAAGUGCCGGAAGAGGACCUCGAGAAGGUGAGGCCUCUGGACAGCAUGGGCGUGGGCGGGGUUGCUGCAAAUGCAACACCCGGUGAGAAACAAACUGUAACGGAAAGGUACAGUGUGAGAUUGCAAGGAUCUGAAGUGAACACUGGUAAGUUGUUACAGGGGCACAGCGGGCCUGAAACGGUAAGUAAUGUAGUGUCUACGCGGUACAGCCAGGACUCGAUGCCUAGUUCGUUUGCUGAUGGAGGUACCAAUGUUCUUUCCCAACCUCCUACCGGUUUUGAAGAGCCCAAAACAACAACAAAACAAGAACCCAGCUACCACACUCCUCAGCAACAGCAAGGGGCAGCUGGCAAAGUGCCAGCAGAAACUGGUAAGGGAGUCACGAGCACUUUGGUUUUUCCGGUUGAUGCUAAAAUCGAGACAGCUCAAUCCGAGACCCAGCGCAAUGUCGUCAGUCGUACCACCGUUACGGUUAGGCAGCUGUCACCUGGCGAAGGCUCAACAGCUGCCGAUCCCACCCGCUCGUUCCUUAGUCCCAAGCCCACCGAGAAAACAGGUAAGGAAGACCAGAAUGAAGAACCAAUGCUCGUGGCUCCAGAACCAGGCACUGCUGAAGUUGAUGCUGCAAUUGCCAAAAGUCGGAUCUCCAAAUCACCUCCUCGUGGAAUCGCAGAAAGCACAACAGACGUGGGCACAGCUGUGCGUUCCGCAACCAAAGAACUACUGUCGGGAGCACCACAGCAACCGACUGACGUGAAAGCUUUCGAAAAACAGGAAAAGGAAACGGCUGAGGGCCAUCCAAAACAUCUUGAGCUUCAAAAGAAGGUAAGUCCAUAUCCAUCAGUUAUAGUCACCAAGACCCUGCCUGGGCAACAGGAUGUUGAUUCUGGAAAGCCUACACCAUUGUCUGAGACUGAUGAAAAGCCUGUUGUGAAGCCUCUGUUGUCUCAGCCUCAGCCAGACAACAGCAGCCCACUGUUAGCAUCUGAAACUAGGAAACUGACAGACCCAGAAAGUGGAGAGAGAAAGGCAACAGGUGAUGAUGUCUCUGCAAACAGCAGCGACCCUAAGCAGCUGAAGAAGAGUUCCAAGAAAAAAAAGAAGGACCACUCUCCAUCUCCAGCUCCCCAAGUCCAAGACACGAAAUCAUCAAGCAAUCCGCUGGACAGGUUCGGCAAAAAAGUGAAGAAGUUUGCGAUGAACCUGUUCUCUGGGGACAGCAAACAUCCUUCUGAGGUGAUUCCGACAGACAAUGCAAAGAAGGAACAGCCUGUCCAGUCAGAUGGUGAAACAAAGAAGGAGAAGAAGAAGAAAUCUAAAAAGAAAAGCAAGGCUCCCCUUCCGGAGGAGCUCACUCCUGUAAUGCCGACAAGGGCUGAGACUGACAGCGAUAAGCGCGAUUCCAUGCAACCUGUACUGCUUACGGAAACGGACAGAGUACAAACUAACCUAGAAGGCUCUAACACUACCCUUGCAACCACUGAAGAUAUAACUCCAGCCGGUGUCUCUCGGGAACUUGUCAUGCCGCAUGUUGAUGGCACACAACCACACAGCGUGCCCACAUCUCUUGUGCGUGAUGCCAAAACGCCUCGUGUAAUGCCUGGCAGUGCACAGGUUACACAUGGCGUGACACCAGGCAUCCAGAGCGAUAAGCCACAUGGUGUAAAGAACAAUGCCACAAGUUACACAGUCGAUGAUCCUGUCACAGCUGCAACAUUCAAAAGUGAUGCAUCAGAAAUGACGCAACAGUCUCCUGACGAUUCUAGUGCAGUUCCUUCUUAUGUGCCUGUUUACAGUCAGCCGUCCAUAGGUGGAAAAGCUUCGACCCCGCAAAAAGUGACUCAAGAUUUCCCGCAUCAGUCAGCCGACACUAUUAAUGCAGAACAUGGUGUUUUGUCAGACAAACCAGAAACAGGAAAAUUGACAGUUCCUUCUGAGGAAAGCACGCUCACCAUAAUAUAUGGGGUUCCUACCAUUACAACAACCACAAUUGUUUCACCUUUACAAACAGACAGUCUUUCAAAAAAUACAGAAACGCUCCAACAAAAAGAUAGCAAACAGCAGCCAAAUGUUAAUAACAAAACUGGCAUUCAUGCCUCUUCGUACCUUCAGAAAUCAAGUCAUCAGGACAUCAUCGGUGUAGCUGAUACAAAAACAGCCAUCAGCGAUGGCUCUAAGCCACAGCUACAGGAAGAUAAAAAGCACAAAGGCAAAAAGAAGAAAGGACAGAAAGAACAGGCCAUUGGCCACGAUGACCAACCUCAGUACGACAGACAACAGGACGGGAGUAAAAGUGACAAGCCAAAAGUGUCCACUGACGAGCAAAGCCAAAACCAAUAUUCUCAAGUCCUUGUCACAGAGGAAAUGUCGGUGAUAAGAAGCAGAGAGUACACACCACACACCAACGAGAAAACACCGAAAUUAAAUGAGGCCACCACUCGUGUACACCAAGAAGUUCCACAGGCUCGAGGAAAAGUCACAGACACAUCCGACUUCAAAAAACCUGAUCAAAAUGAGGAGCAGCCUCACCUUGUGGACAAAUUGAAAGAGGAAACAACUGAAUUGAAAUCACGCAGUACUCAACCAAUGGGUCAACACGAUGAUGAUGAAAAGAACCUAAUUUCAGAAUUGGCUGACAUAAUCAGGGAAUGUAGAAAAGAUUGUCCCGAGCCGGACAUAGGAAGCUCACCUAGAAAGCACCCCACAUCGGCCUUGAUUGGCUUGAAAGAGAUACCUGAUAAAUCAGAUGCUCAUGACCUGCACCCUGGCAAGGAAACAAAAGGCAAGCCAAAGAAGCCUUUAAGUAAGCCACAGGACCACACAAAACCUGAAACUAUUAUUGUAACUGAAGUGACUCGCAUUAUCCAGGAAGGCGACAAGGUGCCAGAGUUACCAGGAGGGCCUAUUAGUGAAUUGCAGGAACCCACGAAGCUUCCGAGCAGGGAAAGCGCACCUGGAAAGGAGCCCACUUAUACUAUAUUUGGCUGGAAAAAAACACCUGAGCAGCGAGAGAGUGAUGACAAGGACUCUGUGAAGAAAAAGAAGGGCAAGCCGAAGAAACCUUCAGAUGAGCCAAAAGACCAGAAUGAACCAGAUACCGUCAUUAUCACUGAAGUGACUCGUAUCAUCCAGGAAGGUGACAAGCUUCCAGAGUUCCCAGGAAAGCCUGGAAGUGAAACCGAGAAGCCUACGAAGCUUCCAAGCAGGGAGGGCACACCUGGGAAAAAGCCGACUUCUACUAUCUUUGGCUGGAAAGAAACACCUGAGCAGCCAGAAAGUGAUGAUAAGGAGCCUGGGAAGAAAAAGAAGGGCAAGCCGAAAAAGCCUUCGGAUGAACCAAAGGAUCAGAAAGAACCAGACACCGUCAUUAUCACUGAAUUGACUCGUAUCAUCCAGGAAGGCGACAAGCUACCAGGGUUCCCAGGAGAGCCUGCAAGGGACACCGAGAAGCCUACGAAGCUUCCAAGCAGGGAGGGCACACCAGGUAAGGAGCCGACUUCUACUAUCUUUGGCUGGAAAGAAACACCUGAGCAGCCAGAUAGUGAUGACAAGGAGCCUGGGAAGAAAAAGAAGAGCAAGCCGAAGAAACCUUCAGAUGAGCCAAAAGACGAGGAAGAACCACACACCGUCGUUAUCACUGAACUGACUCGUAUCAUCCAGGAAGGUGACAAGCUUCCAGAGUUCCCAGGAAAGCCUGGAAGUGACACCGAGAAGCCUACGACGCUUCCAAGCAGGGAGGGCACACCUGGAAAGGAGCCCACGUCUACUUUUAUUGGCUGGAAAGAAACACCUGAGCAGCCAGAAAGUGAUGACAAAGAGCCUGUGAAGAAAAAGAAGGGCGAGACGAAGAAGCCUUCGGAUGAGCCAAAGGAUCAGAAAGAACCAGACACCGUCGUUAUCACUGAACUGACUCGUAUCAUCCAGGAAGGUGACAAGCUUCCAGAGUUCCCAGGAAAGCCUGGAAGUGACACCGAGAAGCAUACGAAGCUUCCAAGCAGGGAGGGCACACCUGGGAAAGAGCCGACUUCUACUAUCUUUGGCUGGAAAGAAACACCUGAGCAGCCAGAAAGUGAUGAUAAGGAGCCUGGGAAGAAAAAGAAGGGCAAGCCGAAGAAGCCUUCGGAUGAACCAAAGGAUCAGAAAGAACCAGACACCGUCAUUAUCACUGAAGUGACUCGUAUCAUCCAGGAAGGCGACAAGCUACCAGGGUUCCCAGGAGAGCCUGGGAGUGACACCGAGAAGCCUACGAAACGUUCAAGCAGGGAGGGCACACCUGGAAAGGAGCCGACUUCUACUAUCUUUAGCUGGAAAGAAACACUUGAGCAGCCAGAUAGUGAUGACAAGGAGCCUGGAAGAAAAAGAAGGGCAAGCCGAAGAAACCUUCGGAUGAACCAAAGGAUCAGAAAGAACCAGACACCGUCGUUAUCACUGAAGUGACUCGUAUCAUCCAGGAAGGCGACAAGCUACCAGAGUUCCCAGGAAAGCCUGCAAGUGACACCGAGAAGCCUACGAAGCUUCCAAGCAGGGAGGGCACACCUGGAAAGGAGCCGACUUCUACUAUCUUUGGCUGGAAAGAAACACCUGAGCAGCCAGAUAGUGAUGACAAGGAGCCUGGGA